AUGAUUCCCCAGAGCCAGAGCAGCUCUCUGCAGCGCCUUCAACACGUCGAGAAGCGGAUAGUGCGGGUCCUGGAGCUUGCGGGAGCGGUGAUGGAGGAGCUGGGAAACUCUCAGGGCCCUCGCACGGAUGCAGUAGGCGCGCACUGCCGCGAGUUCAUGAUCUCUAUGAAGGAAAUUCAAACAACAUUGCGUGAGGAAAUCAAAAGUGCUUGUGAAUAUCGUCCAUUUGAAAAGUGUGAUUACAGCGCAAGGAUUGCUAAUGAGAUAUGCUGCAAGAAACUGGAGUAUGUAAUUGAGAAGUUGGAUACCAUGCAACAGAACCUUGAACAGAGCACUGAUGAUGUUUAG